AUGUCGUCUGGCGUAAGAACGAGGGCAUCAAGCCGCGCCAACGCCUUUGCUGACGACCGCUCCCGGAUUUCUGGAGCCAAUGGAAGGUCCCGGAGUGGCACGGCGGAUGCGAAGAAUGCAGAGCCCCAAUUGGGAGGCAACGAAUCACAUAAGCGGUCCUCGCCAGGCCAUGCGAGGGAGCGGUUGGGCAAGGAGAGACGCUUCGAGGAGCGCAAAGGCAUAGAGCGGAGCUUCGAAGCUCAUGUGGAGCGAGUCACGUCGCGGACAGCCAGUCCGGCCAAGCAAGAGCAGCAACGGCGCGCGCAGCAGCAGGCAGAGAUGAGGCCGGCCGAGAUGCGCAGGCAAAAGUCGUCGACCGAGCUGCGGCCUAGGGAGAUCCGGGCAGAGACGCCCCCAGUCGUCUGGAACCCGGAAGCGUCGUUGCUGCCACAUACCUCUGCCGCAUUGGCCUCGCGAAUCUCGAUUCCUCCGAUUGCUUUUGCGAUUCCGUUUGCACCACAGCCGAAACCCCUACAUGAGCUGACAUUGGAGGCUCAAGAGGCCGCCAUUGUCGAGGACUUGUUAUAUGUUUUCAUGGGGUAUGAAGGGCAGUAUAUUCGAUAUGCUCGAGGGUAUAGCCCCAACGAAGAACGAGACCGACUGUCUGGGCCGCCCUUUCGGAUCUUGCCCGGGCUUGAUCCCAGCUUACACGACCUGACCAAAUCCAUGUUGAAGAUGGCGACCUAUUAUUCGGCUUUGGAAGCCUUUGUCGACGUGCAGAGCCGUGAGGAGUUUGGUGCCGUGAACCAUGCGCUGUGUGCGUCGGUGAGAAAAUGCUUGCAGGACUACCUGGUUAUGAUUGCCCAGCUUGAGACGCAGUUUCUGACGAGUGAGACGUUUACCGUCCACAUUCUCAACAUUCACACCCUACCUACGUGUCAGAUGCUGUCUCAUCUUUAUGCAAUGGCGCAGGAGCUCUUGAAGAAGAACGCGCUGUUGGACGACGAAAGUGAUGAGGAGGACGAUGAUGAAGUAGACGAUUAUGACAAAGUCCUCGAGAGGCUUGCUGAGGGGGGAGACCUUGUUCCUGGAAGUUCCAAAGCCCUGAAAGUCUGCAAGGGCGGCAGUGUUUUGGGCUUGUUGGCCUCAAGGCUUGAAUCAAUGGGAGGUGACCCGGCUGCCCGAUCUCUGUUAACAUCAUUGCUGCGGGAUGCCAGUCGACCGUAUAUGAAGAUGCUGAAUGAAUGGUUGCACCACGGCAGUAUCCACGAUCCUCAUUCUGAGUUUAUGAUUCGAGAACAGAAGAGCAUUGGGCGAGAGAGGCUCGAGAGGGACUAUAUCGACGAGUACUGGGAGAGAAGGUACACUAUUCGGGACCAAGACGUUCCACCCCAGCUGGAAGGCGUCAAAGAGAAAGUGCUGCUGGCCGGCAAGUAUCUCAACGUCGUUCGCGAAUGUGGUGGAGUAGACGUAAGCAAAAUCGUGACGGAACUACCAACCUCGUUCGACGAUAAGCGAUUCAUCGAGAACGUCAACAAUGCCUAUGCCCACGCCAACGAGUCUCUCAUGCAGCUUCUUCUUACGACGCAUGAACUGCCGUUGAGGCUACGUUCGCUCAAGCACUACUUCUUCCUGGAUCCUUCAGACUCGUUUUCAUACUUCCUCGAGCUUGGCUCCUCCGAAUUGAGAAAACCUGCCAAGAGUGUCAACACAAGCAAGCUGCAGUCCCUACUGGAUCUCGUCUUGCGCCAACCUGGAACUGUGGCCUCGCUAGACCCCUUCAAAGAAGACGUCAAGGUGGAGAUGAACGAGAUCACCCUUAUCAAUAACCUCCAGCGGGUUGUGAACAUCACGGGGAUAGAGUCCGGCCAAGUGAUGCAGCCCGUUACGAACCAGCAACCCAUUGAACCAGAUAAGAACGCAACGGGCUUUACGUCGCUGCAGCUGGAUUAUUCGGUUCCAUUUCCCGUCUCUCUGGUGAUAAGUCGCAAGACAGUCUGGCGUUAUCAAGCGCUCUUCCGUUUUCUGCUUCACUUACGCUACCUAGAAUCUCAACUGUCUUCGACUUGGCAAUCACAUACCAGAGCCGUGACCUGGUCUCACAAGGGCCCGAACCCGGAGCUUGAGGCCUUGAAGCGGCGAACCUGGACAUUGCGGGGGAGGAUGCUCGUUUACAUCCAGCAGGUGCUGUAUUUCUGCACAGCAGAGGUGAUUGAGCCAAACUGGACAAAGUUCAUGUCGCGGCUGAAAGCUAAGGACGAGAUGUCGGACAAGAAAUCCGGCUUCAACCGGACGGUGGACGAGUUGAUGCAGGACCACGUAGACUUUUUGGAUACGUGCCUCAAGGAAUGCAUGCUUACAAACAGCAAGCUACUAAAGGUCAACUCAAAACUCAUGCAAGCGUGCGCCAUCUUCUCCCAGUACACUAAUUUUGUUACUCGCGAGAUUGAAAAGAUCGACCCGGACCUCUCCAGCGGCACCAAACCCGACACCAUGACCAGCGAUCAAUGGCAGCGCUUCCAGUCCACCAAGGUCCCUUCCUCCCGCUCGACGUCAGCACAGAACGAUGCCUCGACCGUGGAAGACGCCGAGGUGCGCAUGAAUCACUUGUCGGACAUUGUCCGCAAGUGGGAGAGCAACUUCGGCCGCCACAUGAAGAUCCUUUCCGACUCACUGAACCACUACGCUGCGACUGAGACCGUGGUGCUGCUGAGUCUUUGCGCCAGGCUGAGCUCUGUGAACCAAGGCACUGAGUGGGCUGCCAUUGGGGCUGAGGAGGAUGAUCAGCCAUAG